ACCAAGGGCAACGACAGCAACAGCUGCAGUGAGAACGCAAAACAAACUAGCCACAGCUAACGUUAGCCUACAUUUCAAGACACAUUUUUAGCCUUCCUUUGCUGACCUCUUGGUGUCUCGUGGAGCAUUGCAGUGAUGGAUUCAGCUGAAAGGCCCCUCAGAAUCCCCCCUGAAAUGGUCAUUUAUGCAGAGAAACAUGACAUAUUUCACCUGAUCCAGACACUAGUGAGAAAUCUGAUGGUGGACAAACCAGAUGAUCCCAUUCAAUACCUGAUUAACUUUCUGGAAAGGGACAAUGUCGAUGUUCCUAGAAUCAUAUUACUGGGUCCUCCAGCAUCAGGGAAAAGAACCGUAGCUAAAAAGUUAUGCGAGCACACACAGGCUAUCCAUAUAACUUUUAGCGAUAUUUUAAAAGAUGACAGUGACCUGACAAGGGCUGCACAGAGUUAUGACAAAAAACAGAAUGUCCCCAAAGACCUCUGGAUCCAACUGAUUCAACAACGUCUAUCAAAACCUGACUGUGUUCAGCGGGGCUGGGUUUUGGAAGCCAUUCCCAAGACGCAAGACGAGGCGCUAUGUCUACAAGAAGCAGGCAUCACCCCAGAUCACGUUGUGAUGCUGGAAGCUCCUGAUGUCGUCCUGAUUGAAAGGAGCUCAGGCAAGAGGAUAGACCCUGUCACAGGAGAUGUAUAUCAUGUCACCUUCAUGUGGCCUGAGAGUGAAGAGGUUGCACAGCGUUUAGAAACACCCAGGACUCUUAUGCCAGUUCAAGUUAUGAGCCAAAAGCUGCAGAAAUACCACACAGAAGCUCACGCUCUGAAGCGCACCUACCACAACUGCCUGAAGAUCAUCAAUGCUGACCAGCCUCAUGUAGAUGUAUUUUCACAAGUGCUGAACUUCAUCUGUACUCCACGUCACUCUCCCUCACCCUACACUCCCAGAAUCCUGCUGUUUGGACCACCAGGUGCAGGAAAAAGUCUGCAGGCAAAACUAAUUGCUCAGAAAUACGGCAUCAUCAACAUUUGUUGUGGUGAGCUUCUGAAGGCUGUGUCAGCUGAUGAGAGCCAUAUGGGGGAGCUCAUUAAACCGUACCUGGAGUCAGAACAGCAAGUGCCGUCCAGUAUAGUUCUGCGGGUCCUUACAGAGAGACUGAGCAGAAUGGAUUGCACCACACAGGGCUGGGUGCUUUAUGGCUUUCCUCGAGAUGUUGAAGAGGCAGAACUUCUCCACAAGUCUAAUUUCACACCAAACAGGGUUUUCUUCUUGGAGAUAACUGAUGACAUCGCUAUCGAAAGGCUAGCACUUAGGGCUGUGGAUCCUGUGACAGGAGAAUGGUACCACAGCGUGUAUAAACCUCCUCCUGGUCCGGAAGUUCAAGCACGGCUUCGGUUUAACCCACAGCAUUCAGAGGCACAGCUGUUAAUGAGGCUUAAGGAAUACUGGAGCCAAACAGUGCGCCUGCAGGCCUUCUACCCACAGGCAGUGUACAUCAACGCUGACCAGGACCCACACACUGUGUUUGAGUCACUGGAGAGUCGGCUAGUGGGCCAACUACCUAAAGUGCUGUCUAACCAGCAAACAAAUGAGAACUAAUGCUCUUGAAACACUUCAAAAAAGAGAUACACCACCCAAAAACUGAAGACUUGUGUAAUCACAAAUUGUUUGACUUAUGGAACACAAAUAUAGAUUUAAAAAUAAAGCAAUUUGAAAAUCCAAACUGUGGAUGAACUUAAAAUAAACAUGCAAAAGGUAACAAUGGUAAUCUAAAAUCUUUAGAUGUUGACUUGAAAAAGGAAAACUAAUAUUAUUAUUUUUAGUUUUACACUAUAAACUAUUUCUUCCAACUUUUGCAAAUUUGACAUUUGACAUAGAGAUUAGCACAAUGUGAAAGAAGGGAUGUGACAGUAUAGAGGUGCUGUAUGGCAUUUCUUUUGUGAGUUUCACUUACAUGAGUCUUCAUAACAUACUAAUGACUAGGUCAAAUGUGAAAUCACAGUAUCAUCAACUUAUUAGUGCAAAAGUGGCACAUUCGUCCACUGUUGUUUGUACUAAAAUGGAGGAUUUUCCUAAAUAAAAUACAUUUGUCUAGCCCGGCCUCUGAACAUAGCCAUCACUGGGGUCAUAACCCAUUAUAAUAAAAUGUAUGAAAGAGUUGUUCUCUAAAUUAUCCUCUAAAUAAAAGCAGUCAUGAAUUGCUGUGGGAUCACAAUGGAAGUCACAUGACAGUUGCCUGAAAAUGAUGGUAUAUAGAGGAAAAAAAUGAAGGUCUUGGUGUUUUUAUUACACACAGUUAUCAUUUCCAAAGGCACUGAUUAAUCUACUUAGGUUAUAGAUGUAUUAAUGCCAUGUUGGUUUAGUGUGGUUUAAAGUAUCUGUCCAAAAAUUCUAAAAAUCCAAAAGGAAAGAAGCUUAUUUACAUAUGGGACUGCAUGAAAGGUGAUUAAAAUAAUUUUUGGGUGGAUUAUCUCUUUAAUCAUUCACACAGAUCAAUUUUAAUACCAAUUCUUUAUCAAUACAUAAUGCAAAAGUUUGAUAGGCUACUAAAAACUGCUUAUGAAUUUGUCUUGGUCUUAGCUCUAAUUUAAUAAACACUACAUGUCUCCAAA